UUUUCUUUUUUUUUUUUUUUUUGAGACAGAGUCUCACUCUGUUGCCCAGGCUGGAGCACAGUGGUGUGAUCUCUGCUCACUGUAGCCUCAGCCUCCCGGGUUCAAGCGAUUCUCCUGCCUCAGCCUCACCACGCCCAGCUAAUUUUUGUGUUUUUAGUACAGACAGGGAUUCACCAUGUUGGCCAGGCUGGUCUUGAACUACUGACCUAGUGAUCUGCCCGUCUCGGCCUCCCAAAGUGCUGGGAUUACAGGCAUGAGCCACCGCACCUGGCUCCUCUCCUCUCUUUUAUAAGGUUUCUGGAAGGUAUUGCUCCUGCAGGGGUACUGCAGUGGGAAGGCGGGCCAAACUAUGCUUUUUAACACUGUGACACUCAUGGAUCAGAGACAAAACGGAAACGCCAUUCUGUCUGAAAAUACUCCAAGGCUCGAAAUCUUCCCCUAAGACAAAAAUAUCUAAGCCACCCUCAGUAUCAUCCCCCUCAGUAUCAUCCCCAAUUCCUAAACUUAAGGUACCCAAGGAGUACAAAAUAGAUUCAUAACUGUUUAAUGGAUGGAAACUUAUUGUAACAGACUUUCAACUUCUUACCACCACAACCUCACACACGGCACACAUCUUAGACAGCUGCCCCUAAUUAUUGCUGCAGGCCCAGAGAACCCAGAGUGAUUUGAUACUUAUGUGAGUUAAGGAAUUAGGUACUGAUUUUAAAAAGAAUUGCAUUCAGAUUCUACCUUUGCCAUUAACUGCCUCUAGGAUCUGGGAAAGUCUUCUUCUCUAGGCCUCUGUUUGCCCAUUUGUAAAAUAAGACACAUGAAUUUGACAAUGUCUCAGACCCCCUCCUCUUCUGACGUCCUAUAGAAUUUUAACAUUCCAGCAGCCAUGGAGGAGUUAACAUCUGCCUGGAAGAGCACUAAUUAGUAAUCAAUUAUUUUAAAAACUGGAAAAGCUAUAAUGUGUAUAGGCAUAUAGUUUGUAAGGAUAGUGGUUUCUUCACAUGAAUCCAUUCUCUACUUCUACUUUAUAAGAGAUGGAAGAGCAACAGACAUAUAGCCAUGUAGCACUACAAAAAGUUUAGGAAGCACAUGCUCAGCUGCCCAGUCAGCCAACAAAUAUUUAGUGAGAACCUUGAAUGUGCCCAGAACCAUGCCGAGUACUGAGCAAACAACACUCAUCAAAAACAGAUACAGGCCCUGCCCUCAAGGUGGUCACAGUCUAACAGGAGAGACAGAGGUCAAUCAAAUGAUCACAUAGCCACACGUCUAAUUACAAACUGACAUAAAUACUAUAGAGGGGCGGGAGCAAGCUGUUCUGAGAAGAUACACCCAGGGGGCCUGACCUAGACUGGGGAAUGAUGAACUCAUUUGAGGAAGGAACAUCUGAGCUGAGAGCUGAAGGACAAAGACAGGAGGAGAGCAGGAAGGAAGAACUAAAUGUGCGAAGGCCCUGUGAUAGGAGAGAGAGGGGAUAAAUCACUGGGCAUAGUGGCUGGUGCAUGUAAGCCCAGCCACUUGGAGGCUGAGGCAAGAGGAUCACUUGAGCCUAGGAGUUCAAAAACAGCCUGGGCAACAUAGCAAGACCCUGUCUCUUUAAAAAAAGAGAGAGAGAGAGAAAAAGAGCAUGUGGAUCAUUUGAAAAAAAAAGAAGAAGAAAAUCAAUGAGGCUGGAGUGCAGAGGGAAGUAGAAAGUGGAGAGUGCCGCAAGUUGAAGCAGAAGAGAUAGGCAGCAUCAGAUGAUAAACGAAGUUAUAGAAAACAUUAAGAAUAUGAGUCCUUAUUUGACCAAGAGAGGGAAAGUGGGAAGCCAUGGAAGAGUUCAAGUAGGAACAGAGUCAUGAUCAGAUUGGUGCUUGGAAAUAAUUACUCUUGCUACAACAUGGAGAACAGUCUAGAGAAUGGAUAUUAGAAUAACAAUUUGGCAUUUAUUUUGGAGUCCAGGAGAGAUAAGUGAUCAGACCCAACACCAGGCCAUGGGGGCUACAAAGUCCAGCAGAGUCAAAGGAAUGAGAAAAGACAACUUAAGGGUGCAUAAAGUGGGUCCAGGGGGCCAACACUGGUAUGGAGGCUGCAAAGGCCCUGAGCUCUGGGAGCCCACACCGUUUAUUGGUGAUCAAACAAAGAAGCAGGUGGUGAGGACGUGGGGGUAAACAGGUGAGGGCGUGAGGACGUGGGGGUAGAAAGGUAGUGGUGCAUCAAGCAUAGCUGUGACGGUUUAGCAUUUUCUUUGACACAUAUAGAAUAUGCUUUGCUGCUCAAGAUAAUGGAGAGCAUGUUUAUGAGCCUGGGAGAGCAGCCAACAAGUCUGUGCACAUUCCAUCCAAGCCAUGAGGGAUUUUAUGCCCUGGGCUUAGACUUGUGGUGCAGCAGGGCAGCCUUCUACCCUUUGGCACAGAGCUUGGUGUUCCAAAGGCCACGAGCGGUUUUAGACCCUGGGCCAUGGACAUCUCCCAAGACUCUUUUAUAUUAUGACAGACAAGCCAGUCCUGCCUCAGCGCUUCUACCAACAGAUAGUAGCUUGAACCAGACAGUCAUUGCUGGUGAUGAUGGAAAUGGAGACAAAUCAGUAGAUUAGAGAAAUGUUUAUGAAGAAAAAUCUGGAGGUUCUGGUGAUACAUUGAACAUAGAUUGGUAAGGAAGAGGGAGGGACAAACAAAUCAUUUCUAGAAUUAAUUGAUAGUUCCACUUACUGAGCGAGGGUGCACUGGAUGAAGGUGAAACCAGAGAGAGAUGAUUUUACUCUCAGAUAUAGAAUCAACUACACAAAUUGGCAGGGGAAGACAGUACAAAAUAAAAAUAUGGAACCCCCUGCUCAACAGUUAUUGAGAAUUUCAAGAUGCUGAUAGCAGAGCAAGGGGAGGACUUUUUUAGUCAUGGGACCCUGUGUGACUGCAGAAGUCACUUAUCUACAAACCCAGCCCGCUUGGAUAUGUAGGGUUGGAGGUGCCAGCCAUCCAGUGGAGACUGGAGCAAAUUAAAGCCCACCAGAGGGACAGUCCUGGAGCUAAAAGAAUCCAUUUAUGCCCCACACUCAGGAGCCCACUAGUUUUCCUAGGUAGUCAUGCAGACAGAGCAGAAACAGCUAUGGUCCUCUGGGUGGCCAAGGCUCCAACACCUGGUGUCCUGGUCCCUGAUAAGCCAAAUUUCUCAUACGAGAAGUUACAGAGCACAGUGUCCAUCCCCUAAGGAAAAUCCAAAUUGCCUGAUUUGGUGCCACAGUUGCACAAAGGGGAAUUCCACAUUGGCUGCCCAAAGAUCAGCCCUUCCGCUCAUCUGUGGUUUGCAGUGUCUGCCGGCCAUGAUCCUCAGAAGGGCACUUAAUCCGGUUUGCAUAACCCUUGUUCCAUUCCACCUAAGGGCCAGCCCCAGCCCGGGCUCCUCCUAAACUUCUGGCCCACCAGGCCUUUAUUCUGAAGUACCCCAGACACUAUCAAAGCCAAUGUCAGGAGAGCCCAGAGGAAUACAGUGCUCACAGACUCCUGUCCCCUUGCACCCCAAACUGGCCACACUUUGGGUGUGUGAUACGCAUGGGGUCUGUUGCAGCACAGCUUCCGAGGAAGCCUCUGUCCUAGGAGCUGAGGAAGGUUAUUCAAGGAAAUACUAGAAAUUUCAAGCUGGCAAAGCUAUUUUACACACUAAGUGUCCCAGAUAAGAAGAAAUGAAACUCCCGUUAUCAGCCUUAAAAAAUAACUACUAAUGGCAAAUAGGAGUCAAUCCAGGAGGGGCUUCUUCAUCAGGACAGUUGUCACCCAUCCCCAAGAUGGGCACAGUCUCACCUUCUCUGCCUGCCUCAUCAACCUCCAUAGCCACCCUCACAGGGCUCCUAGCCUGCUCCCCACUCUUGGGUUUGAGCUGCAGUAUUGCAGUAAGGCAUGGGGUAACUACACCAAGAAGGCUGUCAUUUUGCUUAGCAUGAAAGUACCUGGGAGGCAGAUUCUUUUUUUUUUUUUUUUUUUUUUUUUUGAGACAGAGUCUCACUCUGUCCCCCAGGCUGGAGUGCAGUGGCGCGAUCUCAGCUCACUGCAAGCUCCGCCUCCCAGGUUCAAGCCAUUCUCCUGCCUCAGCCUCCCGAGUAGCUGGGACUGCAGGCAGCUGCCACCACGCCCGGCUAAUUUUUUCUAUUUUUAGUAGAGACGGGGUUUCACCAUGUUAGCCAAGAUGGUCUCGAUCUCCUGACCUCAUGAUCCGCCCACCUCGGCCUCCCAAAGUGUUGGGAUUACAGGCGUGAACCACCGUGUCCGGCAAGGGAGGCAGAUUCUUUUAUUUAUUUUUUUUUUUGUAGUUGCAAGAUUUAAUAGAGUGAAAACAGAGCUCCCAUACAAAGGGAAGGGACCAGAAGAGGGUAGCCAUUGCCGGCUCAAAUGCCUGGGUUUAUGUCGCGAUCAUUGUCCCUCCAGCUGUGCUCUCAGGCGAUAGAUGAUUGGCUAUUUCUUUACCUCCUGUUUUUGCCUAAUUAGCAUUUUAGUGAGCUCUCUUUACUACCUGAUGGGUUGGGUGUGAGCUAAGUUGCAAGCCCCGUGUUUAAAGGUGAAUGUGGUCACCUUCCCAGCUAGGCUUAGGGAUUCUUAGUAGGCCUAGGAAAUCCAGCUAGUCCUGUCUCUCAGUCCCCGCUCUCAACAGGAAAACCCAAGUGCUGUUGGGGAGGUUGGCCGAUGACUGCUCUAAUGGGAGGCAGAUUCUUUAUAAGAUCUUGUGAACUGUAGAAAGCACCCUCCAAAAUCGAUUCGCAUAAGCACACACACACCACACACACACACACACGCACACAGACACGCACACACACGCACCCCAGCAGUUCUUGCCUGCCCAGAUUCCUCUGCAGCUAAAGUGGUGAAACUUACUGGGCGGAGCUUCCUAAAAAGAUUAUUAGGGUCUCCUUAGUUGGUGUGCCUUUAAACCUUUGGACUUUACCAACUCCUAUCUCUCCUAUCUCCUUGCAACAAAGGUUAGGAGAACAAGAAUGCAGAAAAAAUGGGUCCUGGAUGACAUCUGAGUGCCUGCUUUGGGCUUCUUGAUGAGUGAGACAGAAAAUAAAAUAAAAUCCCCUUUUUUAAAAGCCAUGCUUACUCAGGUUUUCCUUCAUUUGCAGCUAAAUACAGAAAUGAGAGAAUAUUUUGGAACAGGGAUGGAAGAAGAGAAGAUUCCCCUUCCCACAACCUUCUGAUUUCCCAGUAUGUCCCCCACUGGAAAAAAUCAUUUAAAAUCAGUGUAAUAAGCAUUGAUUAGAUGCCUACUAUGCAUCUGGGCUUGAGGGCAAACUGGACUCAGGCCUUCUGGCCUCAAGAAGCUCGCAGUGUGAGAGUGGCAUUUGUGUCCUCUUGAAAUUCACAGGACUAAAUUUUGCCCAGGCUGACAUUCCAUGCAUCCGUAGGUGCCUGCCUUCUCACUUCCCUCUCUGCAUGGGCUCUUGCCUUGUACCAAAAUCCAAACCCAAAUCUCCUCACAGGUGAGUGUUGGCAUUCAUGUCUCAGACAUGACCUAUGGGCUUGGGACUUUUCCCUGUGGACCCCAGUGACUUUUCAGAUGAACAGCUAUCUUCAAAAACUUGAGAAAUAGGAGUGCUGUUUGUUGUUCUUGUUGCUUUGUCAAUAUAAGGGCACAGGGUCUUUAUUUAAAUGUUCGUAUCUAUCUCUUGACAGCAACACUAUGAGACAUAUUGAUGGAGAAGCUGUUAUCUCCAUGUGCUAAAUGAGGACUUGCCUCAGGAAAGUUGCCUAUGGUUCUCUCCGACCACUUCAAUUCUGAAAUUUUGAAAUGAGAGUGGACAAUAAUUUCAAAUCAGUGGGGAAAGAAUCAACUCUUCAGCAAAUGGCUUGAGAUAAUUAGCUACACAUUUCAGAACAAAUAAAGAAGUCAGAUCCGGGCCGGGCACGGUGGUUCACGCCUGUAAUCCCAGCACUUUGGGAGGCCGAGGCGGGCAGAUCACGAGGUCAGGAGAUCGAGACCAUCCUGGUUAACACGGUGAAACCCCGUCUCUACUAAAAAUACAAAAAAAAAAAAAAAAUUAGCCUGGCGUGGUGGCGGGCGCCUGUAGUCCCAGCUACUCGGGAGGCUCAGGCAGGAGAAUGGCGUGAACUUGGAAGGCAGAGCUUGCAGUGAGCUGAGAUCAUGCCACUGCACUCCAGCCUGGGCAACAGAGCGAGAAUCCGUAUCAAAAAAAAAAAAAGAAAGAAAGAAAUCGGAUCCUAAUCUCAACCCUAUUUAAUAGAUUAUAAAUGAAAGAAAGGUAAAAAUGGCUUUUACACACCUCCCUUCUCCCUGACAUUUUGUAUGUGUGUAUAACACACACAUCUCAAAUAAUAAGAAAAUUGAGGGGAGGCUGCCUGCCUCCCUGAGUCGCUCUCCCUCUCCUUCUGAGUGCUAACCUGUGCCCAGACCACCUCCUUAGCCUCGCACCCUCCAGGCUCACAGGGCACUCUUCUAUGCCCAUACCAAGUACAGCUGAUGCCUUCCACGGGCCAGACUCGGUGCUAGGUACCAAGUAUGCAAAGAUUAAUAAAACAACGUCCUGUUUCAGGGAGCUCAGAGCUGAUUGGGCAAGGCAUGGUGUGUAUGUGAAUGACAACCAUGUAGGGUUGUAGGUUUCCAAGUCAGGUAAGCACAGGGCAUGAUGGGAAACAAAGGAAAGAGGUGUUCACAGCCUCACCCAGAGUUCAGAACCCCUGGCCUGCCUGGUGUCCAUGCUGAGUCCACUUCUGGAACACCCAGCUCUGAGAGGAGGUUAGCCCUGCAGGCUAACACAGACACAGCCCAGAAAACCCAGGAGCCAAGGGGGAAGGAGAAAGGUGCAAGCAGGGGAAACCCAGGUCCUGGUCCCCUUCUGUCUUCUUCCUGGCAGCAGAACUCAGACAGAACCCUUAAGCCAGUGUAAGUCUGGCAGGACCAGUAAGUUCUGAGUUAGCUCCGUACUAGUUUCUAGCAGGCUCUUUCUCACUUCCUGAUUCUUAGGUUUCUACAUUGACACUCCCUGAAGAGUUGGGAAGAGACACCACAGUCCCCUGACCCUGAUCCAUAGGUCACACAGCAGGGACAUCCACAGGGUGGGCCUGGGCCUUCUCAUCCCUCCCUCCCACUCACUCCACGCUGGCUGGGCCCCAAGGUGUUUGUACCCCUUGCAGUGAGUGACCCUCUCCAGUGCAGCAAGCUCAGAACCUGCUGCCAUUGGAGAUGUCCCAUUGCUGAUGCAGAAAGGUGAAGAACUAGCAGAACACUGGAAAUGCCCUCCAUCUGGGUCCAUGGCUACUUAAGCUCAGUGCUCUCUGGCAGGCAGGAGGACAGGUGCUAUUGCCCUGUUGGGACAGAUGAAAAACAGACACAGGGAGGAUGAGUGAUUUGCCCUGAGUAUACAGUAACAGGGCCAAGGCAGAGCCCAGGCCUUCUGCACCUAGGCCAGCGUUCCUCCCAGUUACAGUCUAAACUGGAAUGGUAGGUGAAGCCCCUGUGGAAGGGGAAGGUGAAGGCUCAAUCAAAGGAUCCCCAGAGACUUUCCAGAUAUCUGAAAAAGUCCUGAUGUCACUGCCCUGGUCCUUCCCCAGGUAGAGCAACACUCCUCGCCGCAACCCAACUGGCUCCCCUUACCUUGUACACACACACACACACACACACACACAAAUCCAAGACAACACUACUAAGGCUUCUUUGGGAAGGGGAAGUAGGGAUAGGUAAGAAGAAAGUAAGGGACCUCCUAUCCAGCCUCCAAGGAAUCCUGACUUCUUUUCCUUGUUAUUUCAACUUCUUCCUCCCCAUCUUUUAAACUUUAGACUCCAGCCACAGAAGCUUACAACUAAAAGAAACUCUAAGGCCAAUUUAAUCCAAGGUUUCAUUAUAUGUGCUGGAGAUGGUGUACAAUAGGGUGAGGGAACCAAAUUCUCAGCUGGCACUGGUAUACCCUUGUACAGGUGAUAUAACAUCUCUGUGCCUCAGUUUGCUCACUGUAAAAUAGAGACGGUAGGGGUCAUGGUGAGCACUACCUGACAAGCAUAUAAGAAGCUUUCGGCAAGUGCAGACUACUCUUACCCACUUCCCCCAAGCACAGUUGGGGUGGGGGACAGCUGAAGAGGUGGAGAUAUGCGCCUGAGAAUCCAAAUAAAUUCGGGGUAAAGGAGCCUGGAACACAUCCUGUGACCCUGCCUGUCCUGUAGGAAGCCAGUCUCUGGAAAGUAAAACGGAAGGGCUGCUUGGGAACUUUGAGGAUAUUUAGCCCAACUCCUCAUUUUCACUUGGGCAAAAUAAGGCCCAGAGACCUAAGAUGACUGCCUAAGUUAGCAAGGAGAAGUCUUGGGUAUUCAUCCCAGGUUGGGGGGACCCAAUUAUUUCUCAAUCCCAUUGUAUUCUGGAAUGGACAAUUUGUCCACGUCACUGUGACCUAGGAACACGCGAAUGGGAACCCACAACUGUGGGCCUCUGCGCACAGAACAGCUGUUCUCCCCAGGAAAUCAACUUUUUUAAAUUGAGAAGCUAAAAAAUUAUUCUAAGAGAGGUAGCCCAUCCUAAAAAUAGCUUAAUGCAAAAGUUCAUGUUCAACCAAUCAUUUUUGCUUACUAUGCAAAAAUUGAAAACUAAGUUUAUUAGAGAGGUUAGAAAAGGAGGAGCUCUAAGCAGAAAAAAUCCUGUGCCGGGAAACCUUGAUUGUGGCUUUUUAAUGAAUGAAGAGGCCUCCCUGAGCUUACAAUAUAAAAGGGGGACAGAGAGGUGAAGGUCUACACAUCAGGGGUUUGCUCUUGCAAAACCAAACCACAAGACAGACUUGCAGAAGAAGGCAUGCACAGCUCAGCACUGCUCUGUUGCCUGGUCCUCCUGACUGGAGUGAGGGCCAGCCCAGGCCAGGCCACCCAGUCUGAGAACAGCUGCACCCACUUCCCAGGCAGCCUGCCUAACAUGCUUCGAGAGCUCCGAGACGCCUUCAGCAGAGUGAAGACUUUCUUUCAAAUGAAGGAUCAGCUGGACAACAUGUUGUUGAAGGAGUCCUUGCUGGAGGACUUUAAGGGUUACCUGGGUUGCCAAGCCUUGUCUGAGAUGAUCCAGUUUUACCUGGAGGAGGUGAUGCCCCAAGCUGAGAACCAAGACCCAGACAUCAAGGAGCAUGUGAACUCCCUGGGGGAGAAGCUGAAGGCCCUCAGGCUGAGGCUACGGCGCUGUCAUCGAUUUCUUCCCUGUGAAAACAAGAGCAAGGCCGUGGAGCAGGUGAAGAAUGCCUUUAAUAAGGUGAGCUUGGAUGGUGGCAGAGAGGGUCUGCAGAGCACAGCCCAUGCCCACUCCCCAACCCCAAAGCAUGGAAGGUGGUGGGGACUCAAUAGGCCCCAUCCUUCAUUGGAGAGAGUGUGGGAACCUGACAGAUGGUAUGACCUGCUCAGCCAGUGAGGAGCUCCCGCCUUGAUUGUAUUUGUUUUCUGUUAAGUGUCUUUGGGGGUUUCUAAAUGACUGCUCGCUGCCUUUGCAGGCUUGCGGGUUAGGCUGGCCGGCCAGCCUGUGAACACAAUGAGCUGUGUGCUGGGGAGAGUGACAAAGGAAACAGAAAGUACAGAAAGUAGCUUGUUGGGAAUCUAGGCUGAACCCACACGUGCAGGAAGCUGGCACAUAAAUGUGCUCAUACAAAUACACCUGGGGGUUCAGCCCAGACUCCCCAGAACUCAGAAUGAGCAGGAAGCUGGAUUCUCACUUACCUGGAGUUGGUUCAAGCUCACUUUCCAUCUGCCCUUCGCACCUGCCAAGGUGCCUGAGAAUGUCAGCUCCCAAACGAAACGGGGUUUCACACUUCCAACUGUGCAUGAACUUCUUCAGUCUGAUUUCCCAGAAACCAUGCCGCCUAUGUCCUCCUCGUGGGCUGGGGACAGACACUGCACAGAGUGCCAACAUCAGGGGUGUGAAUUUCUCAUAGUAGGUCAGGGCGGCAGGGCAGGGCCUGCUCAGUGUGUUGGUGGGAGAACACAGACAUUUAAAAGACUCCCUCCUCUCCUCUCACCAUCUUGCUUUCAAAGUGCUUCCUCUAAUGUCUUUUCAUCAAACUCUGCAUAAUCAUCAUGUGAAUACGUGACCUUUAAAAUUGUUGAAAAGGCAUCAUUUUGAAGACAGUGCUUUGCAAAAUGAAUGCUCCCCUUGCUAGGGGGAGGCCUGGAGGAGAUGAAGGUCAAUGCACAACCUUUCCCAAGGCAGCUAGGCCCAUCCUCUGGUUUACUUCCCAGCGUGAGGGAGAACAAGCAGCCUCUGCACUCAAGGUCAUGCCCAUCCAUGAGCAUGGAGGAGGGGAGCCUAUUUAGUCCCCAGAAGGGAUUUUAACUGAAUGUUUCUUAUCUCUCCGCACAGCUCCAAGAGAAAGGCAUCUACAAAGCCAUGAGUGAGUUUGAUAUCUUCAUCAACUACAUAGAAGCCUACAUGACAAUGAAGAUACAAAACUGAGACAUCAGGGUGGCAACUCGAUAGACUCUAGGACAAAAAUUAGAGGUCUCCAAAAUCAGAUCUGAGGUUCUGGGAUAGCUGACCCAGCCCCUUGGGAAACCUUAUUGUACCUCUCUCAUAGAAUAUUUAUUACCUCUGAUACCUCAACCCCCAUUUCUAUUUAUUUACUGAGCUUCUCUGUGAACGAUUUAGAAAGAAGCCCAAUAUUAUAAUUUUUUUUCAAUAUUUAUUAUUUUCACCUGUUUUUAAGCUGUUUCCACAGAGUGACACACUGUGGUAUUUGAGUGUUUUAAGAUAAAUUAUAAGUUAUAUAAGGGAGAAAAAAAAAUGUUCUUUGGGGAGCCAACAGAAGCUUCCGUUCCAAGCCUGACCACGCUUUCUAGCUGUUGAGCUGUUUUCCCUGACCUCCCUCUAAUUUAUCUUGUCUCUGGGCUUGGGGCUUCCUAACUGCUACAAAUACUCUUAGGAAGAGAAACCAGGGAGCCCCUUUGAUGAUUAAUUCACCUUCCAGUGGCUCGGAGGGAUUCCCCUAACCUCAUUCCCCAACCGCUUCAUUCUUGAAAGCUGUGGCCAGCUUGUUAUUUAUAACAACUUAAAUUUGGUUCUAGGCUGGGCGCAGUGGCUUACGCCUGUAAUCCCAGCACUUUGGGAGGCUGAGGCGGGUGGAUCACUUGAGGUCAGGAGUUCCUAACCAGCCUGGUCAACAUGGUGAAACCCCGUCUCUACUAAAAAUACAAAAAUUAGCUGGGCGUGGUGGCGCGCACCUGUAAUCCCAGCUACUUGGGAGGCUGAGGCAAGAGAAUUGCUUGAACCCAGGAGGUGGAGGUUGCAGUGAGCUGAUAUCAUGCCACUGUACUCCAGCCUGGGUGACAGAGCAAGACUCUGUUUCAAAAAAUAAAAAUAAAAAUAAAUUUGGUUCUAAUAGAACUCAGUUUUAACUAGAAUUUAUUCAAUUCCUCUGGGAAUGUUACAUUGUUUGUCUGUCUUCAUAGCAGAUUUUAAUUUUGAAUAAAUAAAUGUAUCUUAUUCACAUCA